AUGUACCAGGUCGUAAGACAGUCGGGUGCAAGUGGAUCUUCAAAAAGAAGACAGACAUGGAUGGGAAAGUGCUUUACUCAAACUCCUGGAGUUGACUAUGAUGAGACCUUCUCGCCAGUUGCCAAGAUAAAGUCUAUUAGGGUAAUGCUCGCAAUAGCUGCGUUUCAUGAUUAUGAAAUCUGGCAGAUGGACGUAAAAACCGCUUUCCUAAAUGGAAAGUUGGCUGAGGAUGUUUACAUGAAUCAGCCAGAGGGUUUUGUCGAUGCGAAGCAUCCAAAUAGAGUGUGCAAGCUUGAGAAAUCCAUUUAUGGAUUAAAGCAAGCAUCUCGCAGAUGGAAUCUUUGUUUUGACGAGAAGGUCAAAGAGUUUGGUUUUCUGCGAAACGAAGAUGAAUCAUGUGUGUAUGUCAAGGCCAGUGGGAGUAUAGUGAGCUUCCUCGUAUUGUAUGUCGAUAACAUACUACUCAUAGGAAACAACAUUCCAACCUUGCAGGAGGUCAAAUCCUGGCUUGGGAAGUGUUUCGCUAUGAAGGACCUCGGAGAAGCUGCAUAUAUACUAGGAAUAAGGAUAGUGAGAGACAGAAGUAAGAGACUGAUAGGACUCAGUCAGGAUACAUACUUGGAAAAGGUACUAAAACGUUUUAGUAUGGAAAAUUCCAAGAAAGGGGAGUUAACAAUCCAAUGCAAUACCAAACUGAGUAAGACUCAGAGCCCAAGUACAGAGGCAGAGAUAACUGAUAUGAGCCGCGUACCUUACGCUUCCGCAGUUGGCUCGAUUAUGUACGCUAUGACCUGUACUCGUUCUGAUGUGGCCUUCGCCUUGAGCAUGGUCAGCAGAUAUCAAGGGAACCCUGGUAGGGCGCAUUGGAUUGCUGUCAAGAAUAUUCUUAAGUACCUACGAAGGACCAAGGAAUGGUUUCUAGUCCUCGGUGGGAGUGAUGACUUAAGAGUGCGUGGGUACAGUGACGCUAGUUUUCAGAUGGAUCGGGAUAAUUACCGAUCGCAGUCAGGCUGGAUCUUUACCCUGAAUGGAGGAGCAGUGACUUGGAAAAGUUCCAAGCAAGAGACCGUGGCUGAUUCAACGUGCGAAUCAGAGUACAUUGCGGCAAGCGAAGCGUCAAAGGAGGCUAUAUGGUUGAAGAACUUCAUUGGAGACCUUGGAGUUGUGUCAUCCAUAAAGGAACCCAUGGAAAUUUUAUGUGAUAAUGAAGGAGCGGUUGCCUUGACCAAGGAACCAAGAGAUCAUGGCAGAUCUCGACAUAUCGACAGGAAAUACCAUUUUAUUAGACAUCGGGUAGAAGAGGGACUCCUCGUUGUAAAGAGGGUAUCGUCAGAAGAUAACCUAGCAGAUCCCCUUACGAAGGGACUGAGUAGGGUUAAGCAUUUGAAGCACGUUAGGAGCGUUGGACUAAAGGACGAUAUUAGUUUAGAUUAG